AUGCAGACAUCCACCUACAACCUGAAGUCUCAUACUUCCCACUCCUAUUCGUCUAACAAUCCUAUACUACAUGUAGCACCGCCCUCAACCGUCAGCAAGACUCACAUUCACACACCAAACACCCAUAACCUGGUCAGCUGGUCAGCUGGUAAGCUUAUUAGACAUGCAUAUAUGCCACCUUCUCCCCUUUCUCACACACUCCACACACCCAUCAAAGAGCGCAACAAAAUAUAA